CUACACAAGUAGCUUAGCUCUCUAGUAAUUAGAUCGAGUAAGAUCCAUCGAUGGAGCUGCUUCCUCUGCUCACGGUGCUCCUCCUGGCGCUCGCCGUGGCCAUCCUGGCCAGGAUGGCCAUUGCGCGCCGCCGGUGCUCGCGGUGCUACCUCCUGGACUACGUCUGCCACAAGCCGUGUGACGAGCGCAAGGUCACCACGGAGAUGGCAGGCAACCUGAUCGAGCGCAACAAGCGGCUCGGCCUGCCCGACUACCGCUUCCUCCUCCGCGUCAUCGUCCGCUCCGGCAUCGGCGAGGAGACAUACUGCCCGCGCAACAUCCUCGAGCAACGCGAGGACUCCCCAACCCAUCAGGACGCCCUCAACGAGAUGGACGCCUUCUUCGGCGAGGCUAUCUCGGAGCUCUUCGCCAAGAGCGGCUUCGGGCCGCAAGACGUCGACGUGCUCGUCGUCAACGUCUGCAUGUUCUCCCCGGCGCCGUCGCUGGCCUCGAGGAUCGUGCGACGCUACGGCAUGCGCGAGGACGUGGCGGCGUACAACCUCACCGGCAUGGGGUGCAGCGCCGGGCUGAUCGCGGUGGACCUCGCGCGGAACGCCCUGCGGACGCGGACGCGCGCGCUGGCGCUCGUGGUGUCUUCGGAGUCGAUCGCGCCCAACUGGUACUCCGGCACCGACAAGUCCAUGAUGCUGGCCAACUGCCUGUUCCGCUGCGGUGGCUCUGCGGUGCUGCUCACCAACGACCCAGCGCUCCGCGGGCGCGCCAAGAUGGAGCUUCGCUGCCUCGUGCGCGCCAACAUCGCCGCCAACGACGAUGCGCACGCGUGCGCGCUGCAGCGCGAGGACACCGAAGGCCGCGUAGGGAUCAGCCUCAGCAAGGCCCUCCCGAAGGCCGCCGUGCGCGCCUUCGCCGUCAACCUGAAACGCCUCGCGCCGCGCAUCCUCCCCGUCGCCGAGCUCGCGCGGUUCACCGCACGCCUCCUCUCCAGGAGACUCCUCUCACACCUGUACGCCAGUAAGAAGGCCGACGGCCCCAAAGUCAACUUCAAGACCGGCGUCGACCAUUUCUGCCUCCACCCCGGCGGCACGGCCGUGAUCGAGGCGGUGAAGCAGAGUCUCGGCCUCAACGACGACGACGUGGAGCCUGCGCGGAUGACGCUGCACCGUUGGGGGAACACGUCGGCGAGCAGCCUGUGGUACGUGCUGUCGUACAUGGAGGCAAAGGGGAGGCUCACGGUCGGGGACAGGGUGCUGAUGGUGACCUUCGGAUCGGGGUUCAAGUGCAACAGCUGCGUGUGGGAAGUGACCGGCGACAUGGUCGACAAGGGUGCGUGGGCGGACUGCAUUGACGCCUACCCGCCGGAGAGCAUGGCCAACCCGUACAUGGACAAGUUCGGCUGGAUCAACGACGUCGAAGGCGACAACUUGGUCAUCUAAUUGCCACAUAUCCAUACUACUCAAAUUGUAAACGCCGAAAAAUGGAACAGUUACUCUAAAUUACAGUCUUGUGCGUACUUAAGUACGUCACUUAGUGUCAGAAGCUUUCAGAAUUGAAGUUGCGUGCGUGUUUUUCUUCGUAAGUGGAGUAUAGAACAACGUAUAUUGGUUUGUAAGGUGAUCCGGUCGACAUCACAAAUGUUUGGAAAAAGGUGUAAUUUACCCCUGAAAUUUGAUGCUUUUGCCACGUAACCCCUUGAACCGUGAUACCUGGUGACUAAUCUCGCCAGGUUGUAAGAGCAUUUGAGGAUUGGAAACCCCAACAGUUGACAUCCUCCACCCCAUCCCGUGUGCCACUUUAU